AUGUCAAAUAACAGUACUACAAAGGGUGAUCUCACUGAAUGGAGUGAGUUCGAAGCAGCUCGAGCUUUAGCUUCAAUUGCUGGGAUACAAACCAAGAUUUUGAAGAAUGAAAAUGAUGAUGAAACUCCGAAUGAUAACAAUGACUUGAAGACUAGAAAUGGGUUUGAUCUAGUACUGGCAAUGUCUAAAGAGGAGGUUGCUUGUCAGGAAGGUGGUAUUAUUAACAAAGAUGGUGAGAAUGGGCUGACAGAGGAACCCAAGUCCAGUGAAAAUAUUGACUGCUUAGACAACUACGACGUCACAGUGAAAACAACCAAAGGAAAGCACAACUUAACAGAGGCUGAGAAAGAACAGAAAAGAAUGCGGAGAGUUUUAGCUAAUAGGGAGUCAGCUAGAGAAACUAUUCGAAGAAGACAGGCAUUUCGUGAAGAAUUGAUAAAAAAAGUUGCUGAUUUGUCUUUGGAUAACCGAGAUAUUAAAAUGCAAAGAGAACGGUUGAUGAAUGAGUAUAAUACUCUGAAAGACAAUAACAAACAACUGAAAGAACGGAUUGCAAAGGCGAAACAUUGCCCGGAAAAAAGCUCAACGACGGCGAUUCCAGUGACUGGUUAUUCUUUUGCUCCUUAUCCAUGGACUUCAUGGUCUCCAUUUUCAUAUGAUCUUGGAAAUUCUCUAGGAUCUUGUGGAGUUUAUGUGCCUCAUCAUCAUGCUUGGUUUCAUCCUCACCAAGCUUCGGGACCUUUGCCAAUGUAUGUCGGCACAAACAUACACGGCUCGGUUCCAUACUGUCAUCAUCAAACUAAUGCUUCAUCUUCAACAAUUGUUUCUGCAAUGCAAGAUGGAAGUGAUGAACAUGAACAUCCUAUGCAUUUGGUUCUGAACUCAAAUGCGAACUCUUCGUUUCCUUCUUCCGAUGAUCAAGGGAAGUCACACGUCCAACCGACAUCAUCGGUGUCGGCUUCAGCUGCUGAAGCUAGAAAGAAAAGAAAGGAACUCACCAAAUUGAAGCAUCUUCAAGGAAAGCAGGUGAGCAAACACAACUGAUAUCCAUCCAAAUCUUGGUUUAUGACCAGAAAAGUAUUAAUCUGUGGAAGAUCAUGAGAACAUCUCUUUGGAGCAAAAUUUAUAAGUUUGCUUGUUGUGUGUCUUUCCUUUCAAGAUGAGUU